UGAUUAUUCAUUAUAAUCAUUAUAUGCUCUUUGAGUGGAGCAAAGCAAGCGGCGACUGUCGAUACUCCGAUAUAUUUCAUGAAAACUUACAAUUCGUGCACUAGCAGUGAAGACAUGAUAGAGAAUUAUAUCCGGAUGAAUGUGUACAGAAAUGAAUUUACAAACGCUAUUUCAGGAUUUUAAUCCUAGCAAAUUCGUGGUGCACAGUUGCUUAUUAGUUUUUACGGCGUUGUUGGCUUUAAAACUUGACGGCGCUAUAACAUGGUCGUAUUGGGCCGUAUUUACCCCGAUAUGGGUUUGGAAAUUCCUCGUAGUGCUUGGUGCAACAGUUGGCACAUACGUUUGGUGGCAGUACCCUCACUUCAGGUUAGAAGGAGAGGCGUACAUUCACUACAAAGCCAUGCUGAUCAGUCUUGCCAUCCACCUGAUCCUGCUCAUGUUUGAACUGCUUGUCUGCGAUCAGCUCUCAGUGAAACGCCAUGUGUGGAUACUAGUCUUUAUACCCUUAAUUUUUAUAAGCAUAGUAUCCAUUGCCAUUUGUAUAUGGUCUGUACGACAUGAUCGGAGUUAUGAGUUGGAGUUGUUUUGCGCCGUGAAUAUCCUGCAGUUUAUCUUCCUGGCGCUGAAAUUGGACGAGUUCAUCAACUGGUCCUGGGAAGUUGUGUUUGUGCCGCUCUGGAUUCUGAUGUGUCUGAGCCUUGUUGGUGAGUGGGUGCUGUACAGCAUCAUCUUCGCGGGCAUGCUGCUGCGCACGGCGGAGGCUAACGUGCAGCAACGCCGCAGCAGCUUUCACGCCGCGCUUGCGUACACAUUCACUGUUAUACCCAUCCUGGUGUUCCUGGUGCUGCUAACUAACAAGUUGGACGACGGCAUGCAGUUGUCGUACACGGUAGUCGCUAGCCCGCUCUUCGUGGGUUUUGCUACGCUCAUCGUCAUGUCAUUUAGCUCGAAGGGAGGUAACAAAUGGUGGUUUGGCAUCAGGAAAGACUUUUGCCAGUUCCUCCUGUCAGUGUUCCCACUCCUCCAAGAAUACGCCAACAUUGCCUACAACAACAACGUAAAUCGGGGCUCUAACAUCGUCCCUACCGAGCCCCCGGUCACACAGGAACCUUACCGGGACGAAGACACAAAGAAAGUCAAAGAAAAUAAAAAUCAUAAGAAUCAGAAGAAGAAUGAAGCAAUGAAACCUGUAGUGCCUGUGACUAGUAUAGAUAUGCCUGAUUGACGCUUCAAAUUUAGUGAAGUUGUGUCCCAAUUUGGGCUUUGGUAUAGCUGUUCAGUUUUCAUGGUGCGGAGAAGUAAUGUAAGUCUUCUUUUUUAAUAAAGUCUGUCAAGCCAUAUUCGUCAGUAGAACAGCGGCAAAUUUAAAAAAUGUAGGUGCGAAGUGUCGAUAAUCGGCCCAUAGAAAAUUUGAAUUUCGCGCCUUUUUCUACUUUCAAAGUUGUUUGACCGGCUAUAUAUUUUUCAUUUAUAGAAAUAGCACAAAGACAAAUCAAUUGCGAAUUCUUUUGAUAUUUUAAUAUUUUUAAGAAUUGACUGAAAAUGUAUGUAUAGGCAAUUUUAACUAGUCGGGACAUUCAAAAAGUAUUUAAAUAGAAUCUAUGUUGUCCUGUUUGUAAGGGAUUGUAUAAAAAUUUAAAACAUAUUAAUAAGAAAACUGAAUGAAGACACUUCAUCGUAAGUGUUGUACUAUAAGCAAUUUUGAACGUAUUGUUAAGUUUGAUGUUAAUUUAACUUUAAACUUUGUUGUCAGGAACAGUUUAACAAAAUGUUCUUUUUUUCUGGUAAAACCUUUUAUCUCAAAAUAUCAGGUCUUGAGGGUCAAUCUCUAGUUUUUUUGCUGUUUAGUCCACAGAUAUCAAUAUAAAGUGAUAUUUAUAUUUCAAUAUUGUUCACAUACAAGCUUACAGUAAAUAACAACCAAAGCGCUUACAAGUUUGUGGCCUAUACGCGUGUCUCUUUUUCCUGCACAGUAUUCACAGACACUAUUAAAAUAUUUCAGUGAGUGAGUGCACCCGAGACCUUACAGCAGAGAGGUAAUCUACAUAUUCUACAAUAUUGUGUGUAAUGUAGUCGUCACGCACACAUAUCUAAAAUAAACGAUAAUAACACUGGAAACCAUUGUGCGUACUAAUUGUUAUUAAAAAAAAAGUAGCACACUUGAUUCACUUGAUUGUACAAUAUAACUUGGUAAAAAUAUUGUUGUAGAAAUAGUUAUAGAUGGGAGUAGAAAUGUGACUAAUUCAAUGUUAACAGAUAAGUUUAGUUGAAAAUGUUGUUGUAGUUAUUUAAUGGGGCUAUGGACAAUGUAUUUUUUUUUACGUUUCGUCAUGACAGUAUCUCAGCUUAAACACUAAUAUAAGUUUUAGAACAUACCUUGUAUAAUUAAAGGUACUACUGGUAAUUCUAACUGCUUUUUACCAUUAGGUAAGGGCCUUAUACACACUAACAUACAUCUAUUCUUUUAUACAGAUAUAUUUACUCAUACAAUACACCACUCAUAUAAAACUGUAAAUAAGCAUAUUGUUAUUUUUAAUGAAAAUUCGCGCUUAGAUGAUUAGCAAUAAUGUACAUAAAGUAUUGGUGCAUAUAGGUACUAUGUCUAUGAGCCAAACCUUAGUUUGGUGAAACAUAAUUUUUAAUCACUAAGUUUUUGUGCCUCAAUAUUGUUGUGACUGCAUACUUUUACCUCGGUUAUCGAAACUAGUUCUUAUUUUAAAUAACUAAAGGUAGCUGCUUUAUGUGAAGCCUGAUGUAUACCUACAUAGUUUUCUUGCCCUGCAGCUUUUUGAUAAGUGUUUAAAUGAUUAUAGUAAUGAUUUGGUAUAAAAGAAUAUCUAACUAAUCGUUAUUUUGCAAGGUUAGUUAAUAACUAUUUUUUGGCUUCAAAGUACUAAAACUCAAUAUUUCUUACAUAAAUGAAUUUCCUUUUAAAAUAAAUACUAAAAAGUUUACAACCGCGUCAAUUUGGAAACAUGCGACACAUAUCAAGAUCAACCUAUCCAUUAUUUUUUGUAAGAGCUUAAAUUAAGUAGUCCUUUCAAAAGUCUUUCAAAACCUACGCCUACGGAAGUAAUACUAACAUUGCUUUGUAACGCCUUGACGCUAAUCCAACUUGUUAUGAAGACAACUCGCGACAUGGCAUGACUAAAGGUGGUAUUCCAUCUAUCCAAUAUUUUUGUCCAAUGUCAUUGCGUCUCACUCUCUCAUUAAGCAAAAUGUGAGACAAAAUACACAUUGGACAAAGAUAUUGGACAGGUGUAAUACUACCCUAAAAUAUUUGCGAUGUCACUAAUAAUGAAAAAAACUUUCUUGAACCUUGCCUCAGACCCUAUAUCGUGACAAGAGGCCAUUCGUGACACCGACACGCCCUAAAUGACACCAUAAAAACGUCUCGUCAGAUUUAUGCUUUAGCUGCACGACCCCUUUCUCUCGGUACCUUUGUUAAUGGGGUUGGCAACUGUCAAAGGUUUGCAUAAAUGGCGCCAUCAUAGCUUGCCCCUUUUCUAUGAGAUUUGGGCAUAAAAUUCCAUUAAUAAAACAAAAAAUUGACACAGUGGAGUUGGACCGUCGUAAUAUUUAGCAGAUGGCGCCAGCAUAGCUUGCCCUGUCAAUCCCUAGAAUUGAGUCAGUUUUUUUUGCCAAAUCUCAUAGAAAAAAGGGCAAGCUAUGAUGGCGCUAUCUAUGCAACCUUUCACAGUUGCCAACCCCAUUCAUAUUUAAAUAUGGAUAAAUGAUUUUUUUAUUUGCAUUAAUUAUUUUUAUAUGAAUUUGACCCAUGUUCUUUUAUUGAUAUGCCUUAAAAUUAUAAAUAACAAACGAAACUGUCAACGCCCUCUAUACGAGAGUAGGGCAAAACUAGUGGCGCCAUCUGAUCGAGAAUCAAAUUUUCGUGAUUUUCGAGGCACGUUUUUUCCUUAAGACUAUCCAUCUAUUACGGAGUUAUAUCUAUCUUUGCCCCAAACUAAGCAAAGCUUAUACUAAGUAUGGGUGCUAGGCGACGAUAUACAUACUUAUAUAGAUAAAUACGUACUUAUAUACAUAGAACACACCCAUGACUAAGGAACAAAUAUUUGAGUUAAUCACACAAAUAAAUGCCCUUACCGGAAUUCGAACCCAGGACCAUCGGCUUCACAGGCAGGCUCACUACCCACUAGGCCAGACCGGUCGUCAAAACAAUACUAACAUAUAUUUUUAUUGGCACCUAAUGCACCCUGGUCGUUGGCAACUAAUUUUUGCAGAAUUUCCUUGAUUAUUUGAAAUAAGUUAGAAUGAACAAGUGGUAUUAAAUUUGCCAAUUUUUGGCAAGUGCACAUACUAAUCUACAGCAGGUCAAACAUCCAUUCAUAAAAAAAAGGUGCUAAAGAUAUUAGUAGUAGUUCGUAGAACUACCUACUUUUGAGCCCAAUCAUAAUAAUUAUAACAUACAAUACACUGUAUAUCUGCCGUUAAAUUUAAAUAUCGAUGUUCAAAUGACAAUAUUAGUUAUUAUGUUUACUUAUAAAAUAAUGUACUCGUACGUUUAAUUAUAUACAUAUUAUUUUUCUGUGAUAUAUACUUCUUCCUUCAUAACUAAAUUCGUUCAAGAUUUUAAGAUUAUUUUGUUACUGUCAUACAAUCAACAUCUAUUUUAUGUUCAUCAGGGUUAUAAAUAAAAUUGUACAUGAAA